AGCCUUCUUCCUGUAGAGAAGAUCCAAGGGGUGUAUAUAGUUUGACUGGAUAAGGAAAUUCUCCAUUCUUAGUAGACAGGCCAGUCCAAUUUGAACAAUAUUAUUGUCCAUAGAACAGACAAACCAUUGAAAAUUCGAUUAUCUAAUCUCUUUCUGGGUUGUUUCUUGGGACAGGAGUAGUGCAGGAGGAGUACUCUAUAAGUACCAUACUUGAUCUGUCAAUGGAAACAAAGUGAAUUAAGAACUCUAUCUAUCUGUCCAAAAGCCUCUUCUAAAGCUCAAAGACUCUCCUUUUCUCUUCUGCUUUCUCUUUUAUAGCUGCAACUAGAACUCUUAGUUGUCUGAUCAUGGAAAGAACCAAGAGUAUACCUCUACAGCCCCCAACCUACGGAAACCUAGUAACUGUUUUAAGCAUUGAUGGGGGUGGAAUAAGAGGCCUUAUCCCAGCAGCCAUCCUUGAUUACCUUGAAUCCGAGCUUCAGAAGCUAGAUGGCAAGGAUGCAAGACUAGCAGAUUAUUUUGAUGUGAUUGCCGGGACUAGCACAGGUGGUCUCGUAACUGCCAUGAUUGCAACCCCAGACGAGAACAACAACAACCGCCCUGUGUUUGCCGCAAAAGAUAUUAAGGAUUUCUAUCUUACACACUGCCCUAAAAUCUUCCCCCAGAGGCACUGUCCAGUGUUUCCUCUUACAGUAAAGAUUAUCAAAGCUUUAGCAGGACCAAAAUAUGAUGGAAAAUAUCUCCACCACUUGGUUGGGGAAAAAUUAGGUGACAAAAAACUGCACAAGACAUUGACUAAUGUGGUCAUUCCCACUUUUGACAUAAAACAACUCCAGCCAACUAUCUUUUCCAGCUUUGAGGUGAAAAGCAAGCCAUGCUCCGAUGCCCUACUCAGAGAUAUAUGCAUUGCAACCUCAGCUGCACCUACUUAUCUCCCAGCUCAUUAUUUUGAAACCCAAGACUUCCAAGGCAACGUUAAGGAAUUUAACCUUAUUGAUGGCGGCGUUUGUGCAAAUAACCCGACUUUAGUUGCGAUUGGUGAAGUGACAAAGACAAUACUCAAGGGCAGUUCAGACUUCUUUCCUAUUAAACCCAUGGACUAUGGUCGAUUUCUAGUCAUAUCAAUAGGAACUGGCUCACCCAAGAUAGAACUGAAAUAUCAUGCCCAUGCUGCUGCAAAAUGGGGUUUGUUGGAUUGGUUAACCAGCGGUGGACAUACCCCAUUAAUUGAUGUUUUCAGUCAGUCAAGUUCUGAUAUGGUCGAUUUUAACCUGUCGGUUGUUUUCCAAGCCCUACACUCGGAGGAAAACUAUCUUCGAAUUCAGGAUGACACGCUAACUGGGCAAGUAUCUUCAGUGGAUAUAGCAGUAGAGAAGAAUUUGAAUGAUCUUUUGAAAGUUGGUGAAGGCCUAUUGAAAAAACCAGUCUCUAGAGUUAAUUUAGAGACCGGUAAUUAUGAGGCUUUUACCGAAGAGACUAAUGCAGAGGCUCUUACAAGGUUUGCAAAACUACUGUCUGAAGAGAAGUGGCUUCGCCUUGCUAGGUCCCCCCAGGGACAUGCUAUACCUAAAUCUAGUCAUGAUGGCUCUCUUAGUAUUAAAGUUUGAGUUAUAAUUUGUUCUAAGAAAUAAGGGCAAAUAAUCCACUUGAUUCUAAUCAUUCUAUACUAUUCUUUCUUGUAUUGAUGUUUCAAUAAAUCCUGGCCUUGGGAUAGAGUCAAGCUAAUCGAUGUAAUCAUUCCCUGGUCUUAAUUUAUCUUUUGGAUAUUUGAUC